UUAACUUGCAAGUGUUCUUCUCUACUUCUUCUCUUGCAACUCUCUCUCUCUUUCAUCUUCUUCUCCAUAAAUCAAAGAAAUGGAGGGGAAAUUAGGAAGCUUUGGGAGUUUCAUUCAAAGAUGUAAGCCAUAUAUAGCUAUGAUUUCUCUCCAGUUUGGUUAUGCUGGAAUGAAUAUCAUCACCAAAGUGUCCCUAAACAGAGGCAUGAGUCACUAUGUCCUUGUUGUUUAUCGGCAUGCCUUUGCCACUGCCGCCAUUGCUCCCUUUGCACUUGUACUGGAGAGGAAAGUGAGGCCUAAGAUUACAUUCCCAAUUUUCAUGCAAAUAUUUGUUCUUGGUCUUCUUGGUCCUGUGAUUGAUCAGAACUUCUACUACGCCGGACUCAAAUUCACAUCGCCCACCUUUUCUUGCGCCAUGAGUAACAUGUUGCCUGCAAUGACAUUUGUCAUGGCAGUUCUCUGCAGGAUGGAGAUUUUGGACAUGAAAAAAUUGAGAUGUCAAGCGAAGGUAGUGGGAACGGUAGUGACGGUGGGUGGAGCUAUGUUGAUGACACUGUACAAGGGUGAAGUGAUCAAUUUCUUUUGGUCUCAACACAUCCAUGUUCACAGUUCCUCUUCUCCUGACACCACUGGUUCUGCUGAUAAAGACUGGCUUAAGGGCUCAAUUCUCCUCAUAAUUGCGACUUUUGCUUGGGCUUCCUUCUUCAUUCUUCAGGCAGUGACUAUGAAGAGAUACUCUGCUCAUCUUUCACUCACAUCACUUGUGUGUUUCAUGGGGACUCUGCAAUCCAUUGCUGUCACAUUUGUUAUGGAACACAAGCCCAAUGCUUGGGCUAUUGGGUGGGACAUGAACCUUCUUGCUGCUGCCUAUGCAGGCAUAGUGUCAUCAAGCAUUGCUUACUAUGUUCAAGGGCUGGUGAUGCAGAAAAGAGGACCUGUUUUUGUCACAGCUUUUAGUCCUCUAAUGAUGAUCAUUGUGGCAAUUAUGGGAUCCUUCAUUUUGGCUGAAAAGAUCUAUGUUGGAGGGGUUCUUGGUGCUGCACUGAUUGUGGUUGGGCUAUACUCCGUUUUGUGGGGAAAGUAUAAGGAAUACCAAGAAAAAGAAGCAGAGACAAUCCCUGAACCAAUAAAGUGCAAUGGAGAGCAUGGAAAUACAACAACAAUGGCUACUAUCAUGGAAGUAGAUGAUAUUGAGAUGCAAAGAAGUAAAGAAACAGGUGUGGUUGCUGUUAGUGCUCCAAUGCCACAGCCACCCAUGAUUGCUAGGGAAGCACCAAAACCCUAGGAAAACUCAGUUUAGUUCAGCAGAGAACUCGAUAGAAAAUAAUAUAUGUGGUAAUUUAAGGUGUGAAACUGAAUGGCUGGAAAUAGGGGGUUUUUUUUUCUUUUUUUUUGUAAUUCAGUUCUCAUUAAUUUCUCUCUUUCUUUUCUUUUCUUUUCUUUUUUCUUUUUUUAAAUGGGAGAGUAUGAUUAUGACUCCAUGAGCCUUGUAAUGUUUUCAAGUAAUUUUAUGAAAAGGAAAUGAGAGAAUAUAGAAUCUCUUUCUAAUUUCUUUCUCCUUCUCUGUUUUGGGUUUCCAAUUGCUGUGCAUGUUAAUUUUGAACAAUUUAAUAAUUUGAUG